AUGCGCUACUUCAUCACCUCACUCCUCGCCGUAGGCGCCCUAGCCCAAUCAACCGAGGACUACCUCAAAUGCGCCAGCGCCGCAAUCGGCAACAUCGACACAUCAGCCUUCACAAGCUGCAAAGACAAGACCUCCCAAGAAUGCUUCUGUGCCAACAAAUCCGCCCUGGAAACCCUAACAACCUCAUCCGACCCCGCCUGCACCGGCCUCGACCUAAGCACCCUAGCAUCCACCCUCUGCGAUUCCGACACCGACUCCGACACCGACGAACCCGAACCAGCCAGACACGCAAGCAGACCCAUGCAACCAGCCAACAAGCGCGCGGAGGCUGCUCCGCACGUCGUCUACGUAACCGAGACACGCACAGACUGCAGCUGCAAGAACACGCCUGUCCCCGAGAGACCCCUGCAUAUCUCGCAGAUUCCCGUCGAUAUCCCGGCGUCGAGUAGUAUGGCUUCUAUGGCAUCUUCGACGCCUGGUCGUGGACAUGGUUUGAUGGGUGGUGCGGCUUCGUCGUCGUUUGGUUCAAAAAUUUCUGGGCCGACUUCUUCGGCUGUGCCUUCUGGCGUUGAUCCGACGCGUUUCUCGCCUUUCCAGGGGGCUGCCGUGGCGGGUGCUGAGGUGCAUGGGGGUGUUGCCGGGCUUGGGGUUGCGGCUGUUAUGGCUGUUAUGGUUGCUUUGUAA